AUGGUGGCUCCGGCCUCCACUGGUCCGACUUCCAUGGCUGCUCAACCCUCCAUGGGCCGACAAUCUACCCGAUCGGCCAGCACGCACCCUUCACAUUCACACAAUGUGCCGCUGAGUGCUCGACGGUCCGCCCCCCUGGAUCUCGCCACGGUUGAGCGGCGUGGUCAGACAAAUUCCCCCCGCGAGCCUUCAAAACGCGUGCGCCCUCAUGGCUUGCCCGAGGCCCCUACAUUUCGACCGACAGAAGAGGAGUUCAAGGAUCCUGUGGCUUAUAUCCAGAAGAUCGCACCUGAAGGCCGAAAAUAUGGAAUCUGUCGAGUCAUUCCUCCCGAGAACUGGCAGCCGCCCUUUGCGAUUGACACAGAGCCUCUCUUGUCCUUCUUUGCUAACAUCAAGGCCCCUCCCAAACAGCGUUUCCACUUCAAGACCCGUCGACAAGAACUCAAUUCGGUCGAAGGAGGUAUGAACCCGCAUCCAGCCGAGGGUGCUGCCGGUGGAGUCUCUCCACAGCGAGAAUCUAACCACGCAUCUGACUCAGGGAAUCGCGCCAACAUGAACUACAUCGACGGGCUUGCGAUGUUCCACAAACAGCAUGGGACUAAUUAUAGCCGAUUGCCCAGCGUGGACAAGCGGCCGCUUGACCUCUACAAGCUGAAAAAAGCUGUGGAAGUCCGGGGCGGAUUUGAGUCGGUUUGCAAGACCAAGAAAUGGGCGGAAAUUGGCCGAGAUCUUGGUUACAGUGGCAAGAUCAUGUCCUCCCUGUCCACAUCGCUGAAGAAUUCUUACCAGAGGUACCUGCAACCCUACGAAGAGUACUUGGCUCGGGCAAAGCCGGGUGUUCAGCAUCAACUUGAGCUGGAGCAUGGCGGUCCUUACACCCCAUCACCGCGUCAAUCGCCGAUGACCAAAAAGCCCGGCGUGGAAGAAAAUGGCACCCCCUCCAAGGCUGGCUAUGGGACACCAACAAUGAGCGCAGGGCUUCCAGCAGGAAAUUCCUAUAGCAGACCCGCUGACAAGCCUGCUUCUUCCGUGGAGCCCACGCCACCACCUCCCCCUCGCCCGGCGCCUUCUGGCUUUACACCCGUUAAUGCAGGAGCUGGUGGUUUCACCGCUGUGAAUCAUUCUCCAGCCUUUACCCCCGUGAACCAGGGACCACUAAUUAAACACGAAGGUGAAAAUGGGGCAUCGACACCUCAGAGUGUCUCCGAGCAUUCUUCGAAUUUCACUCCGGUGCCGAAUGGCCACCCGGCACCAACAACCAAGCGAGCCAUCAGCCAUGACGAGAACAGUUCGCAAGCUGAAAACGGCGACGAUGGGGGCAGUGGCCGACGAAGUAAACGUUUGAAGAAAGACAUGCCACCGACCGUUGCUGGCUCCCACAUGUCCCUUCUUCGACCAGCCCCGCCGAAAGGUCGCAACGGCACUCAAAAAAUCGGCGAUAAGUGCGAAUCUUGUGGUAAAUCGGAUAAUCGAUCGGCGAUCCUCGUCUGUGAUAGCUGUGAGCUCGGAUACCACACAACGUGCCUUGAUCCGUCUACAACCUCCUCAUCCGAUCACGACUGGCACUGUCCAAAGUGUCUGGUCGGUACUGGAGAGUUUGGAUUCGAAGAUGGUGGCGUCUACUCGCUCAAACAGUUCCAAGAGAAGGCCAACGAAUUUAAGAAGCGAUAUUUUGCCUCGAAGAUGCCUUUCGAUCCGGUACUCAACACUCAUCGACGAGAGACGGAGGAUGACGUGGAGGCCGAAUUCUGGAAAUUGGUCGUCGAUCUCCAUGAAACAGUUGAGGUUGAAUACGGUGCCGACAUUCAUUCAACGACGCACGGAAGUGGGUUCCCCACAAUCGAGCGCAAUCCUCUUGAUCAGUAUUCUUCGGACCCGUGGAACUUGAAUGUUUUGCCUUUCUAUGGAGACUCUCUUUUCCGCCAUAUUAAAUCAGACAUUUCGGGCAUGACAGUGCCGUGGGUCUACGUUGGGAUGUGUUUCUCAACGUUCUGCUGGCACAACGAAGACCACUAUGCAUACUCUGCGAAUUAUCAACACUUUGGCGCUACCAAGACUUGGUACGGCAUCCCCGGUGCGGACGCGGAGGCUUUUGAGAAUGCUAUGCGAGAGGCAAUCCCGGAAUUAUUCGAGGGCCAGCCAGACCUUCUAUUUCAACUGGUGACCUUGAUGCCUCCUGACAAGCUCCGGAAGGCUGGUGUCAACGUUUAUGCCGUGGAUCAAAGAGCAGGCCAAUUCGUUCUCACCUUCCCUCAAGCUUACCAUGCUGGCUUCAAUCAUGGGUUCAACUUCAACGAGGCUGUGAAUUUUGCGCCUGCUGAUUGGGAGCCAUUUGGGGCAGCUGGAGUCGAGCGGCUACAGACAUUCCGUCGACACCCUUGUUUUUCACACGACGAAUUGCUGUUCACAGCCGCUGCACGAGAUACCUCGAUCACCACUGCCAAAUGGCUCGCUCCGGCCCUCGAGCGAACCAUCAACAGAGAACUCCACGACCGAGCUUCAUUUCUAUCUCGGCACAAGGAUAUAGCACCUCACAGUUGCUCUCUUGGCGGAAAUCCACCCAAAGGCGGCUGUCAGCUCGAACUCGUAGUGGAAGAGGAGGAUGUGCCAGAGGACGAUUACCAAUGCCAGCACUGCAAAGCAUACACUUACCUCUCGCAGUUCCGUUGCCAUAAAUCAGGCAAAACGCUCUGCUUACUCCAUGCGGAUGCGUUUGAUUGCUGUGGCGAAAGUCUAUCUCAGAAACUGCUGGGGUCGGGACACAGUCUCCGCUAUCGCAUGAGCGAUGAUUCUCUCAAAUCGGCGGCGCAGAAAGUCUACGAACGUGCGAGAAUCCCGGAAAUGUGGCAAGAAAAGCUCGACAAGACCUUGGAGGACGAGCCCAAGCCGCAAUUAAAAGCUCUCCAUAAUUUGCUCAGUGAAGGUGAGAAAAUCCCGUACCACCUGCCUGGCCUCCAAGAUCUUGCAGCGUUCGUCCAGCGCUGCGAUAAAUGGGUUGAAGAAGCGAACAACUACAUCACCCGCAAGCAGCAAAACCGGAGAAAAAACGAGAAAGCUUGGCGUAAACCUGGCUCUAAGGCGGCGCAGCUGGACGAUCGGGACCGAGAAGUCCGCAGAGUGGAAAACAUCUAUGCGCUUCUUGCAGAGGCUGAUAAACUUUCCUUCGACUGUCCACAGAUGGCGGCUCUCGAAGAAAAGACCCGCGAAAUCGAGAAAUUCCGGCAAGACCUUAAUGUGGCCCUAAUCAAUCCUCACACACGAUCGGCUCAGGAGAUUGAGGAGCUCGUUGAAGCCGGUCGCAAUUUCAAUGUCGAAAUCCCAGAAGUGGAGCAUCUUGAGAGAAUCCACCAGCAAAUGAAGUGGUCCGAUGAGGCCGCUCGAAAGCGACAGCUCUACCUCACCCUUCAGGAGUGUCAGGAUCUAGUCGCUUCUGGGGAGCAGCUCGGUCUUAAGGACAACAACGAGCAAUUGUUACAUUUCAAGGAAAUGGCUCGCCUGGGUCAGGCAUGGGAGGCCAAGGCCAAAGAGUUAAUGGCUGUCGAAGCAGUUCAUUAUCAGCAAUUAGAAGCCCUUUCCGCACAGGCUUCAAGAUUCCCAGUCUCUCGCGAAACUCUUGCCGCCGUCGAUGCUAUUCUCAUCAAGCAGAGAGAGGCUCAAAAGCGAAUCCAGACACUUUACGAACGAAGUCAGGAUCCCGACUUUAAAAAUCGUCCAAGGUACAAGGAGGUUCGUGAACUCACGGAAUCCCUUGAGCAGCUGAACAGCCGACCGAUUGGGGCGAUCGAUUUAGAGCGUGAGCAAAAGCGCCACGAGGACUGGAUGCGGAAGGGCAAAAAACUCUUUGGCAAAGCCAAUGCUCCCCUCCACAUUCUUAAAUCUCACAUGGAAUAUGUCGAGAAAAGGAACUCCUACUGCUUUGAUUUGGAGGAUAGCUACCGACCACCGGUGGAGCCUUCAUCCCGAGAUAAUACACCUGACGGGUUGUUGGAGAACCCAGCCUCGAGUAUGUGGGGACCGAAGUCUCGGAAGCGCGAUGUCUUUUGUAUCUGCCGUCAUUCCGAGGCCGGAAUGAUGAUUGAGUGCGAAGUCUGUCAUGAAUGGUAUCACGGGAAAUGUCUUAAGAUCGCGCGUGGCAAGGUCAAGGAAUUCGACAAAUACACCUGUCCCAUCUGCGACUGGCGACAGAAGAUCCCUCGGGAUGCCGCUCGUCCCAAACUGGAAGAUUUGCUAGAUUGGCAAGCCGAAAUGGCCAACUUGCCAUUCCAGCCAGAUGAGGAGGAAGUUUUGGACCGGAUAAUCAACCAAGCCACUGCCUUUCGCGAUUUCCUACAAAGUUUCACCAAUGCUGCCUGCACCACCACAGAGGAAGUACCGACUUUGAUCUUCUACCUGCGGAAAAUUGAAGGCGCUGAGGUAUUGCUGGCUUACGAGACCAAUUUUUUCCGCCAGGAGAUCCAUAAAUGGGCCCCUGUUGCGCCAGAAGCUCCUCCCAUUCUGGAGCAAUCUCUGUCGACGCGCAAGCCGCGUCCCACCAAACAGCAGAAGAUUAUGGCACAACUUGGUGUGGAGCGACCUGAAGAUCUUCCCGAACACCUGCGCACCAAGCAAAUAGCGGCAAAUAAGCGAAAGUCCAUCGACGCGCAAACAUCACGGCCUACAUCUCUCCACUCAGCAACUUCGCCAUCCAGCAGUGGUAUGCCUGCCACAACAGGGCCAAUGCUGACCCCAAUGCCCGAUGCCAAUGGGGCUUCGUAUCCUUUCUCUGCCAACUUCUCUCUCACAGCCAGUGAGUCGCUCCCUGCAUUUGCACCGGCGACAACUUCAGCAUUCCUUCCCGGUGCCGCAGCCUCCCAGUCCCCAUCUUUCCUUCCUCGGUCCCCCUCGCCAGAGCGAGGCAUGGAGCCUCUCUUCAGCCCCUCACGAUUUGGCCGCGAUGCCCAAUUCGCCAGCAGCAGUCCUCGCCAGAACUUGGACGAUGUCUUCGCAGACCUCACCAACCAGGAAGAGGUUGAGCCUGAGACUGAGGAUAUGGAGAACCUUCACGCAAAUGAAGCGCUGGAGGCUCUCAAUGCUAGCAAUGGCAGUAGCCGUGCUCCGUCACCUACCGAUGACAUAUCUGCCCCCAAGGAAGUCCAGGUUAACGGUGCCUCCAGGGCAGAAUCAGCCGAGAAUGUCGGACCGGAGCUGUGA